AUGUCUACAGUUUGCUACCCAAAUGGUACUGGAUUCCAGUGCAGAUGUGAGGCCAGUACGUUUGGUCAUGUGACCAUGUGUCCUUAUGGGAAAUGUGAUGACAUUGCAUCUGACACGUGUGGAUGUAUCAAUGCCAUUCCUCCAGAUGGACAGUACUGCCAGUCGGUUCACUACCAAAAUUUUACAGCAUGUCCAACAACAACAACCUCUCCUACAACAGACUCUACGACACCUGAGGCCAACACUACAGAACAAAGUACUACAGUUGAUCCCACAACACAACUGAUCACAGUUACUAACUCUACAACACCUGAGGCCAACACUACAGAACACAUAACUACAGUUGACAACACAACACAACUGACCACAGUUACCAACUCUACAACACCUGAGGUCAACACUACAGAACAAAACUCUACAACACCUGAGGCCAGCAUCAACAGACAUAACUACAGUUGA